AUACUCCAACUCACCCCAUGAACUUCCUUCGGUGUGGGUGCAGACGAGCUCUUUCGCGACCCCUGCCUCUGACGCGUGGUCUCUCAUUCACGUCGUGUGUACGACAGAAUGACCAGCACGACCUGUUCCACAGUUUUGCCCACACCCCAAUCUUCCGCAAGAUCGCAGACAAGCCCGAGGCACUGAUAGCUCUGCGUGACUUGGCGGCCCUUCUAAGGGACAAAGGAAUCGACCCUACAGCUGGUCCCCCUUCUGUCACCCAGAUGCUGCGGUUGGCUGCGAGUUCAGAUUUCCGCUCAGCUGCUCAAAGAGUAGUCACAGAACUGCAAAAUGCAGGGGUGGAUCUGAAGUCUCAGGAUGUGAUGCAGGAACUGAUGGCUUUGUCGAAGAAACCACAAAACAGUUAACUGGAUAGUCUAUUUAGAGCAUUAAUUGAUGUGGUGGUCGCAUGUCCUGGGGAGUGCAGAGACUAGCUCGUAGUUGGUACAUACUAGUACUGAUGACCGAAAAUUCAUCUUAUCUGUCCUG